AUGGAAGAUAAAUUAAGGGACGUGAUGAAAUAUAUAUUAUUUUUAUCAGAUCAUUAUCUCUUUACUGAAGAAGACCUUGAUCAGAACAAUGAUACAUUUUAUAGAUUUUUAGAUAUGCCAAAAGUCUUGGAAAAAAAUAGGGAAAUAAUUGAUCAAAAGACACAAGAAUUCCAAGAAUUAUUGGCAACAAAAAUAGAGAAGUUCAUUGAAGAUUUAGAACUUUAUGCCAGAAUGGUCGAUGAAUUACAAUAUAAUGGAAAUAUUGAAGAGUUACCGAAAUAUCAUAAAAAGGCAACUCAAUUAGAUAACAGAUUGAUUACGGCAAUGGAGAGAAUCGAUGCCUUUAAUGAAGAGGAAGUUUCGUUUAAGCUUGAAGAAUCACAGUAUCCACAAAGGAAGAUCAUUCAUGAUAAAUUGAAACCUUACAAAUCUCUAUACGAUAAUGCUGUAGAGUUCACCGAAAAAUAUGAACUUUGGAUGAAUUCGACUGUUGGAACUCACGAACCAGAACAAAUCGAUCAGGAUGUUGCACAGUACUACAGAACUGUUUAUAAAUUAGAAAAGCAGUUUGUCGAUCGACCAGCAACGCAUGGUCUUGCAACGAAUGUCAGGGAACAAAUUGAAGAGUUCAAGGAGAACAUGCCCAUAAUUCAAACGCUAGGUAAUCCGGGCAUGAAACCAAGACAUUGGGCUAAAAUAUCUGAAAUCGUUGGGUUUCCAAUUGUGGUCGACAACGAGCUCACUCUUGCCAAAAUCAUUGAUUACGAAUUGGAUGAUUACAUCAGCGAGUUCGAAGCUAUUUCCGAAGCCGCGACCAAAGAAAACAACCUCGAGAGGAAUCUGAUCAAAAUGAUGGGCGAAUGGGCGGAAAUGGAAUUUUCAGUUCUAAUAUACAAAGAUACUGGAACUUACAUAAUUUCGGCUAUCGAUGAAAUACAAGUGCUUUUGGAUGAUCACAUUAUCAAAACUCAAACAAUGAAAAGUUCUCCUUACAUAAAACCAUUCGAAGCAGAAAUUUUGCAAUGGGAAUAUAAACUUAUGUUGCUAGAAGAUAUAUUGGAUGAUUGGUUGAGAGUUCAAGGAACUUGGAUGUAUUUAGAACCAAUCUUUUCGUCUCCGGAUAUCCAACAGCAAAUGCCCGAAGAAGGACGACGAUUUUCGUCAGUCGAUAAAAUAUGGAGGGAUAUAAUGAAAAGUGUUUUUGCAGACCCAAAAGUACUUUCAGUUAUUGAGAUUGACAAAAUGUCGGAACGCUUGAAGAAGUGCAGCAGCUUAUUGGAUGUUAUUCAGAAAGGACUUAAUGACUAUUUGGAAAAGAAACGCCUUUAUUUUCCGCGAUUCUUCUUUUUAUCCAAUGAUGAAUUACUCGAAAUUCUUUCGGAAACUAAAGAUCCCACAAGAGUUCAACCUCAUCUUAAGAAAUGUUUCGAAGGAAUUGCUACUUUGGAAUUCACUGAAGAUCUGGAUGUUACUAUGAUGAAUUCCAGUGAAGGAGAAUCAGUAUUGUUAGUCGACGUUAUACAAACUGCACUAGCUAGGGGACAGGUAGAAAAGUGGUUAUUGGAACUUGAAACAGAUAUGAAAAAGUCAGUCCAUAAAAUGGUUAAAGAUGCUACCGAGGAUUAUCCUCACUGCGAUAGACAAGUUUGGGUGCUCAAAUGGCCAGGACAAACGGUUCAAUGUGUUGCUAUGGCGUAUUGGACUUUGGAAGUCCAUGUAGCAAUUGAAACAAAUGUACCAGCAAUGAAAGAGUAUUUGCGAAAAUGUAAUUUCCAAAUAUCUAAAGUGGUAGAUUUAGUGCGAGGAAGAUUGAAUUUACAAAACAGAAUCACAUUAGGUGCUUUAGUGGUACUCGAUGUGCAUGCCAGAGAUACAUUAUCGGAAUUAAUAUCUUUAGAAGUUAACAAUACAAAUGAUUUCCAAUGGUUAUGUCAAAUUCGUUAUUAUUGGGAGAUGAAUGAAAUGGCAACAAGAAUGAUAAAUUCCACAUUGAUGUAUGGCUACGAGUAUUUAGGAAAUACCGCAAGAUUAGUUAUUACACCCUUAACUGAUAGAUGCUUCAGAACUUUGUUUGGAGCUCUUCAUCUACAUCUGGGUGGUGCUCCUGAAGGACCUGCAGGAACUGGUAAAACAGAAACUACAAAAGAUUUGGCCAAAGCCGUUGCAAAACAAUGUGUUGUAUUUAACUGCUCCGACGGUCUAGAUUACAUAGCUCUGGGCAAAUUCUUUAAGGGUCUUGCAUCAUGCGGUGCUUGGUCCUGCUUCGAUGAGUUCAACCGAAUUGAUCUGGAGGUGCUUUCAGUGGUGGCACAACAGAUAUUAACAAUUCAAAGAGGUAUUAAUUCCGGUAACAGAAAGCUCAUUUUUGAAGGAACUGAAUUGAAUUUGGAUCCGUCUUGCGCUGUAUUUAUUACCAUGAAUCCUGGUUAUGCAGGAAGAUCGGAAUUACCCGAUAAUCUAAAAGCAUUGUUUAGAUCGGUUGCUAUGAUGGUUCCGGAUUACGCUUUAAUAUCCGAGAUUGAGUUAUACUCCUAUGGAUUCUUGGAUGCAAAACCAAUGGCUGUUAAAAUUGUAGCAACUUACAGAUUGUGCUCAGAGCAGUUAUCAUCUCAGUGCCACUAUGAUUAUGGUAUGAGAGCAGUUAAGUCAGUACUUCGAGCAGCUGGUACUUUGAAAUUACGUUAUCCAAAUGAAAAGGAAGAUAUAUUGGUGUUAAGAUCUAUUAAAGAUGUCAAUUUGGCAAAGUUUUUAGUUCCCGAUGUUCCUCUAUUUCAGGGUAUUACAUCUGAUUUAUUUCCUGGUGUGAUCCUGCCAACACCGGAUUACGAAAUAUUAAAUAAAGCAGUUGAUGAUACAUGUAAAACUGUUAAUAUACAGAAUACACCAUUUUUGUUGGAAAAAAUACAGCAACUAUAUGAAAUGAUUAUCGUGAGACAUGGAUUAAUGUUAGUCGGAUUACCAUUCGGAGGAAAAACUACUAGCUACAGAGUAUUAGCUGACGCCUUGGGAUUAAUCGAAGAACGAGGUGGAAUGAACGAGCAUCGAGCCAUUUAUACAGUGAUGAAUCCUAAGUCUAUUACUAUGGGACAACUGUACGGUCAAUUCGAUGCAGUUUCACACGAAUGGUAUGAUGGUGUUUUGGCUGUUAGUUACCGACAAUUUGCUAUGUCCACAACAACCGAAAGAAAAUGGUUAAUAUUUGAUGGACCUGUUGAUGCAAUAUGGAUUGAAAAUAUGAAUACAGUGCUGGAUGAUAAUAAAAAGCUGUGCUUGAUGUCUGGCGAAAUUAUCCAAUUAGCACCAACGACAAAUUUAAUUUUUGAACCUAUGGACUUGGAAGUAGCUUCACCAGCAACUGUUUCAAGGUGUGGAAUGAUUUAUUUAGAACCUCUUUCCUUAGGCUGGAAACCAUUAUUGAAAUCUUGGUUGAAUACUUUACCACCAACGAUAACGGAUUUCACCAAAAACAUGUUGAAAGGAGUAUUCAAAAGAUUUGCAGAUCCUUUGUUGUGGCUUAUAAGGAAAGGAGGUGUUAAGGAAAUGUCGCCGACUUCGGACUCUAAUCUUAUGAGAUCUACAAUGAAUAUUUUCGACUGUUUCCUCGAUGAUUUCAAGGAUGAAAAAUAUGUUGAACAAAUAAGCGAUUUAGAUGUGCGCGCACAAUUAGAAGGUGUGUUUUUCUUUUCGUGCAUUUGGGGAAUGGGAGGUACAUUAGAUGGAGAGAGCAGGAAAAAGUUCAACGUAAUGUUCCGUGGUUUACUGGAAAAGGAAUUUCCGGAGGAAGUUACAGAAGAUCUCGGUAUACCCUUUGAAAUUCAAAAACCUGAAAAGCCUUACAUAUUUGGUUUACCCCUUGCUGAAACUAUUUUCGACUAUAGAUACAUAAAAGAAAGCAAAGGAAAAUGGGUGAAAUGGUCUGAUGAUCUUGAAAACCUCCCUCCAAUUCCCAAAGAUAUACCUGUCAAUCAAAUAAUCAUCCCGACGAUCGAAACUGUUAGAAAUAUGGCUCUGAUGCAACUCUUCGUAACGCACGAAAAAGCAGCAAUGUUUAUUGGACCAACUGGAACUGGGAAAUCGGUUUAUGUUAUAGAUUUUCUUUUGAAGAAGAAUGAUAAUAAUCUGUAUAAGCCUUUAUUCAUAAAUUUUUCGGCGCAAACAUCGGCUAACCAAACUCAGGAUAUAAUUAUGAGUAAAUUAGAUAAAAGACGUAAAGGUGUCUAUGGUCCACCAGUUGGAAAGAAAAGUGUCAUAUUUGUUGAUGAUGUCAGCAUGCCCUUAAAAGAAACGUAUGGUGCUCAACCACCUAUAGAAUUACUGAGACAGUGGUUUGAUCAUCAAAUUUGGUACGAUCGCAAAGAGAUAGUGCCAAUGAAAUUGAUUGAAAUACAAUUUAUCUGUGCUAUGGGUCCUCCUACUAGUGGAGCUAAUUCUAUUACACCAAGGUUUUUGCGACAUUUCAACCAUGUGUGUAUCGAUGAAUUUCCCGAUGAAGUCAUGAUAAGCAUUUAUACCAAAAUCAUGAACUGGCACUUGGAAGUUCAAGGUUUUGCAAGACAUUUUGAUAUGAUCGUCGAACAGAUAGUUCCAGCAACUUUGGAUGUAUAUAAGUUAAGUCGUAAAAAUUUACUCCCGACACCUGCAAAAUCUCACUAUCUUUUCAACUUACGUGAUUUCUCAAGAGUUAUUUUGGGUGUUUUGCUUUCGGUACCAGAGACGAUGCUAGAUCCCUCUUCUUUCAAGCGACUAUGGGUUCAUGAAAUAUUAAGAGUGUAUGCAGAUCGUUUAGUAGACGACGCUGAUAGAGAUUGGUUAUAUAAUACAUUGCACGAUGUUGCGCGUAGCAGAUUGGAAGAAAAUCUAAAUACGCUAUUUAAAAAAUUAUAUCGUAAUAAGUCCAGGUUCUCGAAAACCGCUCUGACUGGAAUAGAAGCCUAUAAAAUCGGAGAAAUGGAAUUGCGGGAAUUAGUUUACUGCGAUUUCAUCAAUGAUCAUAGAUGGUACAUGGAAGUAGAUGAUUUGGAAAUGUUACGUGAGGUCGUCGAAGGUUACUUACGUGAAUAUAAUUCUAUGUCAAAGAAACCAAUGAAUUUAGUAUUAUUUCAAUUUGCAAUCGAGCAUCUGACUAGAAUUUGUAGGAUUGUGAAGCAACCUAGAAACCAUGCAUUGUUGGUGGGCGUGGGAGGAUCUGGAAGACAAUCGUUAACUCGCUUGGCGGCGCAUAUUUCAGAAUACGAGCUGUUUCAAGUGGAGUUAACUAGACAAUAUGGAGCUUAUGAGUGGCACGAAGACAUAAAAGUGAUUCUGAGAAAAGCCAGUGCAUCGGAUCAGCAUGCCAUAUUUCUGUUCACCGAUACGCAGUUAAAAGAAGAAUCAUUUCUGGAAGAUAUAAGUAAUUUGCUAAACUCUGGUGAAGUGCCAAAUCUGUUUGCCAUGGACGAGAAGAUUGAAAUAUGCGAGAAGAUGCGACAGUUAGAUAGACAACGGGAUAAAUCCUUGCAAACAGAUGGAAGUCCAGUGGCUCUGUUCAAUUUCUUUAUUCAAAUAAUUCGUGACCAGUUGCACGUCGUUCUGGCUAUGUCUCCAAUCGGCGAUGGAUUUCGAAAUCGAAUACGAAAGUUCCCUGCUAUUGUGAACUGUUGCACUAUCGAUUGGUUUCAGCCGUGGCCUGAAGAUGCUUUAUUGGCAGUGGCUACUCGUUUCUUAGGCGAGGUUGAAUUGAAAAAACGAGAGAGACACGUUUGUAUUGAAAUGUGUCAGUUCUUUCAUUCAUCCACAGAAACACUUUCUAUUGAGUUUUGGUCUAGAUUGAAAAGGAAAACAUACGUAACUCCAACAUCGUAUUUAGAACUUAUAAGUACGUUUAAAUCAUUUUUGGAUAAAAAGCGAGACGAAAUUCUGGUUGGCAAAAAAAGAUAUGAAAUUGGUUUAGAGAAGUUGGAGCAUGCCGGUUCGCAAAUUUCAAUUAUGCAAACUAGUUUGGCCGCUCUGCAGCCUGCUUUAGUAUUAGCAGCUGAAGCCGUUGCUCUAACUAUGAAGAAGGUGGAAGUUGAAACUGCGGAGGCUGCUAUCGUCGAGCAAAAUGUUAUGAUCGAUGAAGCUAUCGCUAAUGAACAGGCAAAAGCGGCAGGGGCUAUAAAAGAUGAGUGCGAUGCUAACUUGGCAGAAGCACUUCCAAUUUUGGAAGCGGCUAUGGCUGCUUUGAAUACUCUUACCCCGGCCGAUAUUACAAUCGUAAAAACAAUGAAAAAUCCACCAAAAGGAAUAAAAUUGGUCAUGGAAGGUAUAUGCAUAUUGAAAGACGUUAAACCUGAUCGUGUGCCGGCUCCAAGUGGUAUGGGCACUGUCGACGAUUACUGGGGACCAUCAAAACGUGUACUUGGUGACAUGAAAUUCUUAGAUAGUUUAUUGCAAUUCGACAAAGAUAACAUUCCUCCAAGAGUUAUGCAAAAACUGUCAGAAAAGAUUUUGUGUGAUGAGAAUUUUGAUCCUGAAAAAAUUAAAUACGUGUCAACGGCUUGCGAGGGAUUGUGCAAGUGGACCAUUGCCAUAUCGAAAUAUGACAAAGUUGCCAAGGUUGUUGCACCAAAGAAAAUUGCUUUGGCGGCGGCUGAAUCAGAUUUCCAGAAGUGCAUGGCCGAGUUAGAAAUAAAAAGGGCUCAGUUGCGGGCAGCUAGAGAAAGAGUUGCCAAUUUGGAAGUGACAUUGGAUGCAGAAAAUAAAAAAUUGGAUGGGUUGAAUGCUGAAGUGACUCUAUGUGCUUUAAAGUUGCAAAGAGCGCAAGAGUUGAUUGGAGGUUUGGGCGGCGAGAAAGGCCGUUGGUUAGCAACUGCUAAAAGUUUAGGUCAAAGAUAUCAUGUUUUAACUGGUGAUGUAUUAAUCAGCUCAGCAGUUGUCGCCUAUUUGGGACCAUUUACAAUGUUGUUUAGAGUGAAGCAAAUUGAAGAAUGGGUUGCUUUACUGACGAAUUAUGGAAUUGUUUGCGCUCAGGAUUUUCAGCUCACUGCUAUUUUAGGAGAAGCUGUAGUCAUUAGGCAGUGGAAUAUCUUUGGUUUACCAUCAGACAGCUAUAGUAUUGAUAAUGGAAUUAUUAUAACGAAUGCAAGAAGAUGGGCUUUAAUGAUAGAUCCUCAAGGACAGGCUAACAAGUGGGUAAAGAACAUGGAGAAAGCCAAUAACAUUGCCAUCAUCAGAUUGAAUCAAAGCGAUUACGUCCGGAUUUUGGAAAACGCCAUUCAAUUUGGUCAACCAGUCUUAUUAGAGAAUAUCGGUGAAGAAUUGGAUGCCAUUUUAGAGCCCGUUUUGGGACAACAAACAUUUAAACAGAGCGGAGCGCUGUGUUUAAAAUUGGGCGAUACCAUAGUUGAAUACAAUACGGCUUUCCGAUUCUACAUAACUACAAAAUUGAGGAAUCCCCACUAUAUGCCCGAAGUUGCAGUUAAAGUGACUCUAGUCAAUUUCAUGAUCACCACAGUUGGAUUGGAAGAUCAACUGUUAGGAAUUACAGUUGCAAAAGAACGACCUGAUCUGGAAUCUGAGAAAAACCAAAUGAUUCUGCAGAGCGCCGAAAACAAAAGAUUAUUAAAGGAAAUCGAGGAUCGAAUUUUGGAAGUAUUGAGUGAAUCGGAGGGUAACAUUCUGGAAGAUGAAACAGCCGUGCAAAUUUUAAGCUCUUCGAAAACCGUAUCGAAUGAAAUUGCGGCAAAACAAGCUAUAGCUGAAAUAACAGAAAGGCAAAUAGAUGCUGCUCGACUAGAGUACACCCCGAUUGCAGUUCACUCCGCAAUUUUGUUCUUCACAAUCGCGGAUUUGGCCAACAUCGAUCCGAUGUAUCAAUAUUCAUUGAUUUGGUUUAUGAAUUUGUUCCGUUCGGCAAUUGACAAUACCGAACACGUCGAAGAUGUCAACGAAAGGCUGAAUAUUUUACAAACAUACUUUACAUAUUCUUUAUAUGUAAAUAUUUGUCGUAGUUUAUUUGAAAAGGAUAAAUUACUGUUUUCUUUACUAUUGAAUAUUAAUUUGAUGAAAAGUCGUAAUCAAAUAGACGCUAGCGAAUGGAUGUUUUUGCUAACUGGAGGAGUUGGGUUGGAUAAUCCAAAUAUUAAUCCAAGCUCUUGGCUGGUAUCCAAAAGUUGGGAUGAGUUAUGUAGGUUAGAUGAAUAUCCAAGUUUCAACGGAAUUUUGGAGCAUUUCACGAAUAGGCAAGAUCAAUGGAGGCAACUGUUCGAUGCGCCGGAGCCACACAAUUUUCCAUUACCUGACCCAUGGGAGACGAAACUGUCUCUGUUCCAAAAGGUUUUGGUGAUUCGGAUCAUGCGACCUGAUAAGGUUGUGCCCAGCGUGCAGAAUUUUGUCGCAAAUCAUUUGGGAAAGCAAUUUAUCGAGCCUCCGCCUUUCGAUUUGGUCUCGUCCUACGCGGAUUCCCACUGCUGCAUUCCGCUCAUAUUUGUUUUAACGCCGGGCGCAGAUCCGACGGCAGUUUUAUUAAAAUUCGCCGAUGAUCAGGGUUUCGGUGCAUCACGUUUGUUCUCAUUGAGUUUGGGACAGGGUCAAGGACCAAUCGCUGUUCGAUUGAUCGACGAGGGAGUUAAAAAUGGCACAUGGGUCGUCCUGCAGAAUUGCCACUUAGCUAAAAGCUUUAUGCCAACUUUGGAGAAGAUUUGCGAAAACUUUACCUCUGAAACGACGCAUCCCGAUUUCCGACUAUGGCUGACGUCGUACCCGGCUGAACAUUUUCCGGUUUUGGUGCUGCAGAAUGGCGUGAAAAUGACAAACGAGCCACCGAAAGGUCUGAGAGCGAAUAUAACGAGAUCCUAUUUGAGUGAUCCAAUAUCGGACUUGGAAUGGUUCGAGAGCUGCAAACAGAGUAGAAACUUUAAAAGGCUCCUGUACGGUCUAUGCUUUUUCCACGCAUUGAUUCAAGAGCGGAGGAAAUUCGGUCCUCUAGGUUGGAAUAUUCAAUACGAGUUUAACGAAACCGAUUUGAGAAUUAGUGUGAUGCAGUUACAGAUGUUCUUGGACGAAUACAAUGAUGUGCAAUUUGAUGCUUUACGAUAUUUGACUGGAGAAUGCAAUUAUGGUGGCAGAGUCACUGACGAUUGGGAUCGAAGGACUUUAAUUACAAUAUUGCAGAAAUUUUACUGUAAGGACAUCGUUGAAUUGGAAAAAUACGACUUUGAUCCUUCCGGCCAGUACUAUUGCCCGGACGAGAAAGACUACGAGGCUUUUAUGUCGUAUACAAAAUCGCUGCCUUUAAUCACUCAUCCGGAGGUGUUUGGAAUGAACGAGAACGCAGAUAUCAUGAAAGAUCAACAGGAGACUAGCCUGUUGUUCACCAACACUUUGCUCACUCAGGAUACUCAAUCUAGCGGUACUUCUGCAAAAUCUACAGAUGAAAUUGUGCUUGACGUUGCCGCUGAUAUUUUGGACAAGUUGCCGGAUAAUUUUGAUAGGGAUAAAGCCAUGGAAAAGUUUCCAACUUCAUAUUCUCAAAGUAUGAACACAGUGCUAGUUCAAGAGAUGGGACGUUUUAAUAACUUGCUGAACGUGAUUCGAGAUAGUUUGAGAAAUGUGAAAAAAGCAAUAAAAGGUUUAAUUGUGAUGUCUUUCGAUUUAGAGGAGGUCGUCACUAGUGUUUUGAUUGGUAAAAUACCGAAUAUGUGGGCGAAAAAAUCCUAUCCGUCUCUGAAACCGCUAGGAAGUUAUGUGAAUGAUUUUCUCUCGAGGCUGGCUUUCUUGCAGCUUUGGUUCAAUAAAGGUGCUCCACAGACAUUUUGGAUAUCUGGAUUUUUCUUUACGCAAGCAUUUUUAACUGGAGCACAACAGAAUUAUGCUAGAAAAUAUACCAUUCCUAUAGAUUUACUAGCAUUCGAUUACGAUGUGAGAAAAGAAGAAAAACUGCACAAAGCUCCGGACGAUGGUGUUUAUGUGUACGGUUUAUUCUUGGACGGCGCUCGCUGGAAUAGGGAAACCAUGGUUUUGGAUGAAUCUCUUCCCAAAGUGUUAUACGAUACCAUGCCUUACAUUUGGUUGAAGCCGAUGAAGAAAGUGGAUAUCAAGGAACGCCACACUUACUUAUGUCCUAUAUACAAAACAUCAGAAAGGAAAGGAGUGUUAUCAACUACUGGGCAUUCAACCAACUUUGUUAUUGCAAUGACCCUGCCAACGAUUAAGCCCCAAAAACAUUGGGUGAUGCGGGGCGUUGCGAUGCUUUGUCAACUAUCUCAAUAA